AUUGAGUACUUUUCAUGUUUACUUUACACUCAAUGAUUGAUAUAUAUCAUUGUGUCGAUUUUUUUCUCGACUGUAAAUAUGAUAUAAAAGUUCUUUGUGAUUAAUUCGACAUCUACUUGAAAAGAUUUGAUCUAUUAUGUUGGCUUGGUGCCAAGUUUUACAGCGAUAGAGCCUUUGCACAGUGAGAAAAUUGACUGCUUUGCGUUUUCAAGCGUAGACGCCUUUGUGGACAGGAAACUGAUUAGAUUUUGCCCAGGGAAGUCGAGCGUGGAGGGAUAUCCGUUGCCAAUGGAUACGUUGCUUUAUGGGAUUGGCGAAAAACUUGUCAGAUGCGCUUCCUGCCUUGGGGCUUGUAUUACGUGCGAACAGCUCAGACGAUUCGAUUCCUGAAAUAAGCGGUGGCGCGGUAAAAUCCAUUACUGCGAGAUAGUCGGGAUAUAGUACAAGUUGCUAACAAUAUACAGCGAUGACAGUGAUGGGUUACGUCAUACUUUUAAUACGGGAUUAAAUCACGGCGAUAAGGGAUACUUAAGAAUUGAUGAAUUAUUUCCCUAAUGAGAUAUAAGGUAAAUGUAGCAUGCAGAGUAUGCAGAUAAAAGCAGAAAAACAAGACACUGGCUACAGUGUUGCUACAGGGUACCAGCCAUCACCAGCAUUGCCCUCACAAAAUGGGGGUCCUCCAUCCCACCCCUCGCAGCUUACUAGUACCUUCAGACAUAUUCCCCCGCAGUUGUACUCUGCAUAUGGCCAAGUACCGGGACAGCAUCCCCAGUCUUACCCACAGGGAGGACAACCCCCAUUUUAUCCCCCACCUGCAACAGCAUCAGUUGCACAAGUGAGUCAACCCAGUGGUGAGCAAGAGGAAGAAAAAUUGAAAAUUUCAGAAAAUCAAAUAGACUUCUCAAGUGUGAAAGGAAUUUUUGGAUGGACUACUGUAGAUGGUGUGAAUGUGCCUUAUAUUUUCAGAAAAGAUAAACAAUUUGUGUCAGUGCGCAUCGUGGAGCAGAAGCUGCUCAGCAAGUAUCCAAAUUCCUAUCCAGAUGAGCUUGGCAAGCAUCAACCAUUGACAAGUUAUUUCAUUACAGGGCAUGAAGCCAAACUUUUGAAUGAAAUCAAUACUGUGCACUGUGGUGGUGAAUUUGGCCAAAAGCUAUUUAAUUCCAAAGAUUUGAUAGUGUUAUUAGAGGAUUUUGUUGAUUUUUACAAUCUUGUUAAAAAGACUUUUCCAGAGGCUAAGCAAGGUGAGCAUAAUGGCAAUAGUUCUGUUGCACUCCCACCUAUGCAGUCCAUGCAAGUUAAUCUGAAGCUGACAGAAGACAGCAAUGAACCCUGUGGAUGGAUACAAGUGAACAAUACUGUGACUCCUUAUGUGAGAAGAGAAGCACUGGGGAAAUUUGUCCCAUUGUCCGUCAUGAAAUAUGCAGCUGCACUUAGUAUCCCAGAAAAGGGUGUGCUUCCUUCUGAAGAAGAAUGUGACUUACUAAAUAAAGCAUGCAAAUUGGCAGGCUUUAACUUCACUUUUUCCAUGACAACAAGAAUCAUAUGCUUAACAGACAUUUUGAAACAUUGUCAGGUUCACAUUAUGGAACUUCCUAUGGAAAAUCCACUGCAGCAUGCACAGUACCUAGAUCUUCCAUCAUCCACCCCAUCCACUUCUCAAAACUCGGAGAGUUCUUCCACUUCAACUUCUGUUUCUGGGCAAACACAAAUGUCACAGUCUUCACCACAGGCAGUCAGACAAGACAUCUCUGAAAUAACAGUAGUCCCAACUGAUAAACAGUUACCACAUGAACAAAACACUCAUUAUCCACCCACUGGAGCCUACAUGGGACCUCCCUACCCAUAUAUGGAUCCUAGAUAUGUCUUUACAUAUAACAGGCAUCCUAUGUACCCAGUUAACUAUGGACCCCCAAAUGUAACUGUUAAUCAGCCACAUGGCUUCCCACCCGGAACCAGACCCCCAUACCAAAAUGGGCAUUUCCCUCCAGGGCAACAAAAUAGUCGCUAUCCAUCUCAAGAUCAGAUGAGGCCAUCUCGCUCUCCAAUCAGGAGUCCAUCUGCUAAUAUUCCAUCCUCUUCUGUGAAUAAUCGUGUGUCACCCUCUGCAGGAGGGCGACCAAGGGGUCCAAUUAGUAAUGGAAUGACAUCACCAAGUAUGUAUCAUCCCCCACACAUGAAUACCCGUAUGCCUGCUCCAGAUAUGCAAGGCUACAACAUGGGAGGCAGACCAAGAGGUAGUGUUGGUAGAUCACCGUACCCACCUCGUGGAUCCCCCUCCAACAGAAUGCCUAACACCAACAAUAUGCAUGGUUUUCCUUUUGUUCCAAACUAUCCUUUGCCACAAAUGGUAACUUCUAAUCAGCAAGGACAGGGUAUGACCAUGAGAGCCAAAACUGUUAAUAUUCCUCCACCUCCAAAUAUGUCUGGGCCCCACCAGGCCCCAAGGCAGCCAAGUAGUCGAGUGCCGCCUCAGAGUCUUCCAAAUGGUCACCUCAAUCAAACAGCACCACCUCCAGGAAGCAGUCAGAAAAACAGUGAUUUAAGAGUGAAUGGAGUUCCAGCAAAUACAUCAACACCUCAGCCACAAGAUAGAAAUGUCACUCAAAAUGGUCAAAAUCAAGCCAAAAACAAGACUUCUCCACCAGCUUUGGUUGAGAGUAUCAAAGGAGUGUGGCUUGCAGGGAAAAGCAUAUCCUGUAUGCAUUUGGACAGGCCAGGUAGACAGGGCAAAUUCUGCCUUGUGGAGGCAGUGUGCAAGCUUUAUUUUAAUGGGUGUAGUGUGAAUGAAUUUCUCUAUGCUCUGGAGAAUGUUCUAAAAGUUCCUUUGGUUACAUGCACAGACGAAGAGGAAAAGUCAUUCAUCCAUUACUACAGUUUACCUGUUUCUGUCCUGAAGUGCAACAAAAUGAUCAAUUACAAAGACUUGGAUGAAUACUUCCCACAACUCUCUUAUGUAUUCAGGGAGAAAACGGGCUCCAAUGGUGAGAGUCAGAGCCAAACAUCUAACUCAAAUAAAACAAACUCUGCCAAAGGUGAAGAUUUAUCCAGGAAGCGACAUUUGAGUGCAAACAGUGGACCAAUUGGUAAACAACCUUGUCGCAGACUAGAAGCAACUGUCCAAAGAUUGAUGAGUCAACAAGAGUCACAAAUAAUUGAGCCUACCAAUAAACCUAAUAUGAAUGGGGAAUCCUCAGGGGGAGCAGUUAUUAUUUUGGAUUGAGUUUGAUACCUCCAUAAAGUAUCAUUCUUUUCCAGCAGAGACCACCACAAGUUCCACAUAAGAAAUGUUCCCUUCAUCUGGAAUAUUGGGGGACCAAGAGAGGGAACAUUCAAAUUAGAGAUUUGUCAAGAAUCUGUGCUCAAAAUCUCAACUGCUUCUUCACCUGCAAAGAUGAGAUGAAUACAUGCAGCAAAGAAAAUCUUGAAUUCGGAGGAUACUGAACAAAGCAGUAUUCUAAUAUGGAGAUAUUUCAGUGGCAACAAUGAAUCAAAGAAGGUUGUGUUAAUGUUGCAAACAUUACUUUGUACAUAAGAUGUAUAGUGACCAAGUCUUUGCAAUGGACUCAAUACCAUUGUAUGUAUUGUUCCUGUAACUAAUUUCUUUUGAGUGAUUGAGGAGCGAAAAGUUGUUGACAGAAGUGUGUUUGUUCAUCAUAGGAUGACAUUCUCAUAAGGCAUUAAUUUUGUAUUUGUAUGUUUUUACUUUGUCUCAUUUUACUUAAACCAUUGUGUUCAUGUUCUUGCAGUUGGGCAUUAUUACUUGAACAGAAGACAAAAUGAAAGAAGGAUAACUCACAAAGCAAUAAUUUUUUUGCAUUCUACUCUGAAUUUUUUUUUUUUUUUUUUUUUUUUUUUGUUCUUAUAUUUAUCACACACAAAAAAAAAAAAACAACAAAAAACAAAUAUAAAAUUUGAAGAAAAGAAAUGGAAAUGGAAUGCAUGUACAAACACAGAAAUUAAAAAUUAACGAUUAUCAAAUUUUACAUUUUUCUAAUGUCAUAUUUGAUACUGACCAGACUGAUCCAAUUGUUAAUCCAUGCAAUUUAUUUUUUAGUGCUUUGUUUUUUUUAAUUUGCAUUUACAGAGAUGGAGACUAUUUUUAUGCGUGUAAAUAGAGGUUCUGAUGAUAUAUUAAUGUGCAGAUCAUUUUUAUGAUGACCAUUUAUUGGCACUAGAUAUAAUUUUUGUAUGUUUAUGUUCAUUACUGUUCAGUGCUACAGAGAAAUAAUAUUAUCAGUGUUAACGCAUUUUUAUAAGCCUGUCAAAGACAGGAUGUAUUAUGGUAUGGUGUCGUCCGUCUCUCUGUUCAGACCUUUUAGGUAAAAUGCAAAAUAAACUGUAAGCUCCAGGAUCUUACAAUUUGGUAUAUUUGAUCACCACGAGGAAGAUGCCUAUUGUUUUUCAAGGUCAAAGUAUCAGUUAAUAGAAAAAUCAUGUAGGCAGACAGACCAAACAAUUGGGGCUAGGACCGUUGAACUUGUACACAUACUUACCAUGCAAGGGGAGGAUGCCUUUUGUUCUUCAGGGUCAAGGUCAUAGGACCAUCAAACUUGGUACACAUACAACUUAUGCCAAGCAGAGGAUGCCUUGAGUUUCUCAAGGUCAUAGUAUAACUUGAAAAACUUUGUUUUAGUUACGGAAACAGAUAUUUCCCUGAAAUUUAGUCACAGUAGCUUCCUUUAGGAGGAAUAUAAGUUCAGUUUGCAUUUCAGCUGGAUUGACCUUCUUAUGGGGUAAAAGUAAGUCAAACAGUUUUCCGGGGGGGGGGGGGGGGGAUUCGUUAUCAAUAAAUGUUUUGCCCAGAAAUUUUGUCACAACCUCCCCAUCAGAGAAUUACACACUCGGUUUAUAUUUCAACUUGAUUGGUGCACCAUGACCUACUUUAGGGCUAUAAGUAGAUCAAAUAGUUUUCUGGACUUUUUCUCUUCAUAGAUACAGAUAUUGCACUUGAAGGUCUAACGGGUAUAUGUUGUACCGUUUGUGGUACACUUAUUGGUUUAAACGUGCUACUCUGUAAGAAAUUGGUCGUGCUAUGGUAAUUGUUUCGCAAACCUGUUGAAUUUAAUUGAUCAAUAUGGGCAUUAUCUGUUCUUAGCAAUACUUGACAGCAAAUAAAGGGUACACUUCAGAAUGCAAAUUCAUUACAAAUCAAUCAUAUUCACGAUAUUGCAUAAUUUUAUUUGCUUCAUACUACAUAUUGUCAUUUGCUUUAUAGUUUUCUACACCAUGCAAGAGAGAGAAAAACGAAUAAUUUGCCAAAACUUCAAUGGAUGCUCAAUCUUGUUUACAAUUAUUAUUUUUCUCAAGACUAAUUCUACUUACAAACUUCUUUUCAGACAUUAUCCUAAAGCAUUAAGUUGAUAUGCACACAUUUUACGUGUAAUCGUAGAAACAGCUUCAUUUUAUAUUUCAGAACUGAAAGUAGGACUUCCAUUAAUGUUGAUCAAAAUAUUCAGAAUUUUUUUCUUAGCAGUCCUUCAGUAGCAAGGGCAUAUAUGACCUACAUUCAUACAACCAGAUCUAAAUCGUCAAAAUGGCUAAUACUUCAUGUUCAGUAUUAAUAGUAUAUUGUGAUCUGAUAAAGAUAAUGAAAAUACAGUAUUUGACAUGCUCUGUGUAGCAUUUUGUUAAUGUGAAUCCCAAUGGCCACCACUUCGCUAAAGUAAUUUAGCUCUUCCUACUUUUUAUUGAACCAUUCAAUGUGAAAACUUUUUGAGUUAAAAAAAAAGUAUUGUUAGUGAUUAGUGAACAAGAAACCAGGAAGAACGGCUAAAAAGCAAAAGAUCGAUUUUUUGUUUUAUUACCAUUUUCUUUCAUUUGGGUGUGGUCAAAGCAUUGUUUUUAAUUAUUUUUUUUACCUGAUAUUUUUUUUUUUACAUAAUUUGACCAUGUCAAUAUCAUAAUGAUACAUGUAUGUUAUGUUGAUACAUAUUGUAAUUGGAUGACAAGGAAGAAAGUGUGUGCUUCAGAUUAUUGUUAGUACUCAUUACUGAUGACAUAAAAAGUGACAGAAAAUA